CCAACGGAGACCAUGGGCAAGAUUGUUUUUUACGAGGACAAAAAUUUUCAAGGUCGUAGUUAUGAGUGCAGCAACGACUGCACAGACCUGCACACUUACUUCAGUCGCUGCAACUCCAUUAGAGUAGAGAGUGGCUGUUUCAUGAUCUAUGAGCGUCCAAAUUAUAUGGGCCACCAGUAUUUUAUGAAACGAGGAGAUUAUUCUGACUACCAGAGAUGGAUGGGCUUCAGUAGCUGUAUUCGAUCCUGUCGCCUGAUACCAAUGUACAGGGGACCAUACAGACUGAGGAUCUAUGAGAAGGCUGACUACGGAGGUCACAUGAUGGAAUUCAUGGAUGACUGCCCCUGUGUGUCUGACCGUUUCCACCAUCGCCAUGUGUACUCCUGUAACGUGAUGAAUGGUUACUGGAUCUUCUAUGAAUAUCCAAACUACAGAGGAAGACAGUACUUCCUGAAACCUGGGGAAUACAGGAGAUACCGAGACUGGUGUGCUACCUGUGCCAUUGUGGGCUCCUUCAGACGAGUCACCGAUUAUUAG